CCUUGACUCCCUUAUAUUUUCACAUCAACAAUCUCUUCAUCUCACUCUCACUCACUCUCCCUGUCCACACUCCACCACCACCACACCACUCACCACCACAAUGCGCGUCGCCUACCUCGCCCCCAUUGCCCUCCUCGCCCUCGCCAAGGCCCAGGACGCCCCGGAGCUCGACGAGCGUGACCUCGACGAGCGCCAGCUCGGCUCCAUCUUCUCCGCCGCCACCUCGGGCAUCGCUGCCGGUGCUGGUGCCGUCACCUCGGUCGUCGGCGCCGGUGUUGACGGUGCCACCUCGGUCGCCGUUGCCGGCUGGAACGGCGCCACCUCUGUCGGCGGCGUCGCCGCUACCGCCAUCACCUCGGCCGGUGGCGCCGCUGCUACCGCCAUCACCUCGGUCGGUGGCGCCGCUGUUAACGGCAUCACCUCGGGUGGUGCUGCCGGUGCCAGCGCCGUUGCAAGCGCUGUCAAGCCCAACGCUGCCAGCCCCCGCGCCUCGGUCGCCAGCGCUACCGUCAUUGGCCUUGUCGGCCUUGUCGUCGGUGUCGCCGCCGUUGUCGUCUAAAUGCCCCUCGUGGCGCCCAAAUAGCACUGUAGCCUACUAUACCCAGCCCCUACCUGCCCCACGCACGAGUUUGGCCACGUCUAUACACGUCGGCUGGGUUUGUAGCGCAGACAUUCAUGUUGUUUCGAUGCAGAUGGUCGCAGCCUUGCA